GCAGAUCAAUCAAUGAGGCACUUUGGUCAUGUGGGGACGUGUCCCAAGUGUUCACGCAAAUAUAAGUGAUCUGCCCUAAUAGGGCCGCCGGCAAAUGGGGGGAGGAGGACUAAGUGUGUCUCCGUAGCAACAGGCGUGAGAAUAACGUGAUGUGCGCCUGUCGACGCCAACCGGCGAGGCCAACUGAAUAUGACCGAAAAACUCUCGGCUCUUUCAUCCCCCGCAAACAUCUGGCCAGGACAGCACUCGUUACAGAAACGUUUACACGAAAACACGUGAAAAUACAAGUUGGUACGGUACGUUUGUUAUGUCGUUCAGUCCCUUCGUUUGACGUGAAACUGUGCAUCAUACACCCCAGUCAAUGUUUUCACAACUGUUUGUUGCCCACGGCUUCCGCGGGCCGUCAGUUUCAUCGCAAUUGGAGCUGUUUUUGUUGUGUUUCUUUCUCAUUUCCAGCGGAGAAAUUAGAGUCCACGGAGUUGAAGAUAACGUGGGUGUUUGGCUGAUGAUUCCGGAUCAAAAGUAUCGGCUAGUUGAAGCGAAUGAAUCGCUCACAAUAACGAGCAGCUACGUUUACGAAAAUGAUACCGAAGCCAAACACACGGUGAUGCUUCCAUGGAAAUGGGAAUUGCCCGAUUUUCUCACCAAACAUCCACAACUGACAAAAGUAGACGAACGUUUUCAACAAACGUUUGAUACGAACAAAACUCACGUGACAUCUUCGAUGACGCUGCACAACGUCACGCACCAAGACACGGGCUACUUCCGAUAUCACUACGGCGACGUGGAAUUGAAACAAUACGUCUACAUUUUCGAUGGAAAGAAUCUCGUCACAAUCACCGACAAGAGCUACUACCCCAAUUACUACCUGUUCUUUUUCCACCAAGGUGAACUGGAGGUUCAAAUUCCUUGCAAGCCAACCCACCCCAACGUGACCGUGUCUCUCGUUCACGUUGAUCAACUCAACAAAGAACCAAAUUUUGACGAUGUGUUAACCGAACAAAAUUCGAAAUGGUUGUUUGAACCGGAACGUGGGAUGAUGUUGAAACACGUGACGAUAAACAACACUGGAAAUUAUCGAUGCAUCGGCACCAAAGAUAACGUCACGAACGAGAAACAUUUUACCGUUAGCGUUAAAGGAAUGGAGUUGGAAAGGAUUGGCGAUUCAGAUGGCCCUUUCGAAGGAAGCAACGUCACUUUAAUUUGUCGCACAAUUUAUCCUGAGGUCAAAUUCCCCGCCCCACCAGAAUGGGCCUAUCAGGUCAACAACACGGGAAGAUUGCAAGUUAUAAAUGAAGCAAUCCCACCCAAAGGUGUUCAAAUAACAACACGUGACUACAGCAACCAGCGAAAUACUGGAGGAUUCAAAUUGAACUACUACGAGAGUCGAUUGGAGCUGACUGCGAUCACUCGAAAUACGUUUACAACGUUCCAAUGCAAAGCCAAUAGAGAUAAAGACGCUGUUACUAAAACCAUUUCUUUUCGAAUUAAAGAUGAAAGACACGAUCCGUUGUCUAAUUUGGGUCACUUGAACGAGCAAAGGACAGAGGGCAUUGCCACAAUCGCUUUUUCCGUUUUUAUGGCAAUAUUCUUGGUGCUUGGAAUCGGCAUCAGUGUUAAACUCUAUUUCGAGAAGAAACGCAAAGUCAUACCGGGCGUAAAGAAAUUACUGGAGGGAAAUGCGCAAGAGAUCAACAACCAAUUGCCUAUGGAUGAGCAAACUGAACUCUUGCCCUACGAUAAACGAUGGGAAUUUCCGAGGAAUCGUCUCACACUCGGAAUCCAACUGGGCACUGGAUGUUUUGGAAGGGUCGUCAAGGCCGAGGCAGUCGGGAUCAAAGGCUCUGAUGAAAUCGUCAAAACGGUGGCCGUCAAAAUGGUCCGCUCGCAAAGCAACGUUGCCGCAAUGGAAGCUCUCGUCAGCGAAUUAAAAAUACUCAUCCACUUGGGGUCGCAUCUUAACGUCGUCAAUUUAUUAGGAGCCUGCACUAAGAAAAUAUCGAAAGGUGAGCUUUUGAUCAUUGUCGAAUACUGUCGGUUCGGCAAUUUGCAAUCGUACUUGGUCAAUCACCGGAGCAGCUUCAUUAAUUUAGUAGACGAGUUUGGAAAUAUGCGACCAAAUAACGAGACGGAAGCAUUCGACCACAUAUUAAGGGACGAAAGUGUCGGCAAUACGUCGAGCGAAGAAAACGACCUCGUCUCCCACUUGACAAAAUCCCUGGUCAGCUCAUCUGGGCGAAAUUCCCUCGACUACGAAUGCCCAGAAAUGUCGCCGCUGGAAAUCCUGGAGGACGCACCGGUAACCGAAUCCUUUUGGCAAUACCAGCAAGAUCCAGAUGUCACUCUAAACCGGCCCAUUUCCACGCGUGAUUUGAUCUCCUGGUCCUACCAAAUCGCAAGAGGAAUGGAUUAUUUGGCUACCAAAAAGGUUCUGCAUGGCGAUUUAGCUGCCCGCAAUGUCUUGCUGGCCGAUGACGGGGUAGUCAAAGUGGCAGAUUUCGGCAUGGCCAAGAAAAUGUACUAUGAAGGCAAUUACGAGAAGACAGGUCAAGGAUUGAUGCCCGUCAAAUGGAUGGCCAUUGAAUCCUUGACGGAUCGCGUCUUUUCCAGCCAGUCUGACGUUUGGUCCUACGGAGUUCUACUCUGGGAACUCUUUUCUUUGGGUAAAGUUCCAUAUCCAGGAAUGGAAGCUGGUCAUUUGCUCAUCAAAACAAUCCAGCAGGGAUACAGAAUGGAGAAACCGGACAACGCCCCUAAUUUCUUCGGUGAAAUUUUGAGCAAUUGCUGGAAAACGGACCCGAAAGAUCGGCCAACGUUCAACCAAUUGGAAGCGACGAUCUGCGGUCACAUGGAAACAUCAAUCAGUUUCAACUAUCUGAAUCUAAACGCGCCAUACGUCAAAUUCAACGAAGAGAAAGACACAGCCACUCCAACGAAUCUUUUCGGGCUGGCCAAACUGUUGAACGAGAAAUCCCAUUUGGGGGAUGACAAGUUGCACUUGAACGCGAAUUUGCAUUCUCAAAGUAAAGAGGACGUGAUCCGCUAUUCCGUGUUUCCUCGGCGAACCUAAAAGAAAACGAAACCCGAAUGGAUUAUGAAAGUUAUGGUUUUGUUUCCCCCGAUAUUUGGAGCAAAAAUUGAAACCGACCCGCUCCCACCUAAACACAUUUUAUAUUAAGCUGUUAACUUCAGCGCACGACGUAAUAGAUUGAAAUAGCUUUAUAUAUUCAAGCUCUGUUGAUGUCACCUAUUUCCGACUCAUAGCGCUAACUUGGAAAGCCGCUUUCAUCGGACAUCAAUUUAGUCGACCAACUGUAUCCAUGUUUUGCUUGAAAUUAAUCAGUUGCGCAUUUGAUUAUUACUUUAUUUUAUUUGCAUCAACGGACGAUGAAUAAAAUUCCUGUUUCAAUGUA